UCAGAAUUAAACUAAAUGGAUUACUCGAAGUAUUCCACAAAUCUUGCUAUCCUCUCUCUUCUCUUAGCGACCGUCAUUCUCCUCUGUUCCAGGCAGAAUUUGUCCUACAAAUCCUUGAUUUUCUCCUCAGAAAAUUCUCCGAAGGAUGAUCUCCAAAUAGCGCUGGAAAGAGCGUCGACGCCGGAGAAGACGCUGAUCAUCGUUGUUAUAAAUGAAGCGUACGUCGAACCUAUCGAGAAUGAAUAUCCGACGAUGUUCGACAUUUUUCUCGAAGGAUUUUGGAUCGGAGAUGGCGUCCGAUCGCUCGUCGAUCAUCUGCUGGUGGUUGCGAUGGAUGAGAAAGCGUAUAACCGGUGCGAAUACCGGCGGAUGAACUGCUACAAGCUUGCGGCGGCGGCGGACGGCGAGGCUUUCGCCGGCGAGAAGGUUUAUAUGUCCAAUGAGUUCAUCGAGAUGAUGUGGCGGAGAACUGCGUUUCUAUUGGACGUCCUUGGGAGAGGUUACAGUUUCAUCUUCACGGAUGCGGACGUGCUAUGGCUAAGAAACCCGUUCAAAAAACUAAGCUCAAGCGGGUCCCACGACCUCGAGAUCAGCGUCGACAAGUUCAAUGGCGACGAGUCGUCGAUGGCCAACCCGAUCAACACGGGCUUCUACCACGUGUGGUCCAACGACCGCACGGUGUCCCUAUUCCGCGCCUGGCACGAAGGCCGGCGCAAUUCCACCGGCCUCAAAGAGCAAGACGUGCUCCUAAAGAUGGUGCGCCGUGGGGCGCUCUGGAAACUCGGCGUCCGGACAAGGUUCCUCGACACGCUCUACUUCAGCGGGUUUUGCCGCGACAGCAAGGACGUCGAAUCAGUCGCAACGGUCCACGCCAACUGUUGCCGGACGAUUAAGGCGAAGGUGCUGGACCUGAAGAAAGUCCUGGCCGACUGGAGGCGGUUCAAGACGGAGGGGGUUGUUAAUAAGACGGCGGGGUUCACAUGGACGGCACAUGGCGCGUGCAUGCGCUCGUGGAAGUCCAAGGGGUGAAAUGGUCAUUUUGCGAAAAAACAGGUACGAGGCUUUUUAGAGUUAUAUGGUAGUCAAAAUUGAAUGAGAUUUAUUUCCAUGUCUAUAUUAUAUAUAUGUGUCUAUAUUGUUGAUUGGUUGGGUCGUUAUAGUGAGAAGAAAAAUAAUAAAAUUUUGAAUUGAAAUAAA